UUGAAGUGACAACUGGGAAGCUAACAUAGACAGCGGUAUCCAUCUCCAAAGUUAAGCAGUGUCAAACUGAACUGAAGUUGGGAACGAUUGGAAAGUCGCGUCUAUCAAACAAGUGUCUGUUCAGUUCCAACGAAACCUAACUUAAAUUAAUCGUUCUAAAUAACCUGUGCUUUCACAGAGCUGACUGAUCUCUGUGAGAUUGCAAAAACAUUCUAUAGAAACAUUGUUGCCUGCCGCUUACCGCAAAAAUGAUGAUGCACUCGUCUCAGAAGGACACCACCUACACAAAGAUAUUUGUAGGGGGUCUUCCAUAUCACACCACGGACUCCAGUCUCAGGAAAUACUUCGAAGUGUUCGGUGAUAUCGACGAGGCUGUUGUUAUAACAGACAGACAGACGGGCAAAUCCAGAGGUUAUGGAUUCGUGACGAUGGCAGACCGGGCGUCUGCGGACCGAGCCUGUAAGGACCCUAACCCCAUCAUCGACGGCAGGAAAGCCAAUGUAAACCUGGCCUACCUGGGGGCCAAGCCCAGGGUCAUGCAGCCAGGUGAGGGGAUGGACGCGCUGGCGGAGGGCUACGCCACACGUUUAUUUCACAGCUUGGAUGACCAAGGUUUCUCAUUUGGUGUUCCUCAAAUCCAUCCAGCAUUCAUCCAGAGGCCUUAUGGGAUCCCAGCCCACUACGUCUACCCCCAGGCCUUUAUGCAGCCAAGCACCAUGGUCAUCCCUCAUAGCAUGCAGUCGCCCGCCGCCACGGCCUCCGCCGCCUCCUCCCCGUACCUCGACUACACCGGAGCAGCCUACGCCCAGUAUUCAGCCGCAGCUGCCAGCGCCGCGGCCGCCGCUGCCUAUGAGCAGUACCCGUACGCAGCCUCCCCGGCCCCUGCAGGCUACAUGGCUGCAGCAGGGUAUGGGUAUGCGGUCCAGCAGCCCCUAGCAGCCGCAGCCACCCCAGGAGCAGCCGCUGCAGCUGCAGCCUUCGCCCAGUACCAGCCCCAGCAGCUUCAGGCAGACCGCAUGCAGUAACCAACCACAACAACUACUAUUACUGAGCCUGGUUAACAGAAGAGGGGGAGGCUAUAGAGAGGAGGGGGGAGGUCGUACUCACCCCCAGGACACUAUAAGGGGAGAGGUGGGGGGGGGAGUGGUUGUCAAUCCUUGGCUUUAGAACAUGCAGCGCUGCUACCAAAAGAGCCUGAAGAAAAUCAUCUCAUAACUGAAGAUAAUAGUUACUUUAUUAUUCAAAUAUCAUUAGUGUUGUCAUCACUAAAGUACUGUUUUUUUGUUAUCAUUAUAUCAGAAAUAUUUAAUAUUUAUUAAUCAGGACAAAUAUCUAGAAUUAUUAUUUAAGAUAUGACCUCAUAACCAACCUUUAAGUUUAAGUUAAUCAUUUUAAGCAUAUUUAAUGUGUAGUAAAUUAAAUGUGUGAUUUUGUACAACCUUCACAAGUGCACUCAAGUCUAAUCAGGUAUUUUCCCCUCAAAUUUCUUAACAACGCAGAUGGUCAAACCAAAAACAUAGUAUGGAAUGAUCACUUUUCACCUUUAAUACUUUUGGACCUGUAUUUUGAACUAUGCAAUUUAAACUUUUAAAAGAUAUUUAGUCAAAUAGGUCUUCUACAAAUAUAUAUAUAUAAUGUUACUAUAAUAAUGUUUGUACCUAUGCAAAACAGUGACCUAGAGGAGUGAUGUUAGCUGUCUGUCCUGUGUUACUAUGGGGUCAGAUCAGAUCCAGUGGGGGCAGGAGAGAAGAGAACAGCUACUGGCCUGAAGCUGAAGUUGGGGGACAGCUUUUCUCAACGUGCCUUAAAAUAUUGGUAUUUGGAAAAUAUUUAUUUAGGUAGCUUUUAAUUAUAAAAGACAGUUUUGCACCCUUUAGUUAGUAUCAGGGAGUAGGACUGUAUUGAAUAAAUAAUGUGUGUUCAUGUUAUAUUAGUUUCAUGUUCACCUGAGCUAUUCAAAUUGUAAUUGUGAGGUAUUUACUGUAGCUACAAUGAUCAUUUGGAUUUGUAUAAAAACAAAAUAUAAUGGCAUGAAGUAUACCUUUUCUAUAACUAUUUUCUUGUUAUUUUGUAGAUAUCUUUCUCUUUCUAAUGUGUUUGGACAAUGAAAGAGAAAUGUUACAGCAUAAACUAUUAGCAAUACAUUAUAAUACUUGAUAUCCUAAAUAACGCAGUUCUUUUUUCUUCAUAGCUGUGAUUUGGUUGUUAACUUUGUGAAAUUUACUCUUUUACAAUGUUGGGAACUUUUUAUACUUGAACUGUUUCAUACAAAGGAAUAUGUUAACACACGCUAUAUAUUUUUAAUAAGAGUACUUACUGGACAUAAACUAUCAAGUCUCUCAGAGAUUCCAGUACAAUAUUCUGUUAAUCUUGCCUUUUGAAAUGUGUUGUUCUGCAAAUACAAUCAUUCAUUUAAUUAGAUUAAAUAAACAACCUUUUAGCUA